UGUUCUGCUGGUUGUUUGCAGCUUGUUGAAUAUAUUAGGAUUCGCUGCCGAAGUAAUUAGAGCACGUUGGGUUUUUUUUUGUGUGGGGAGGAGGGAAGUCCGCUGUAAAAAGAAACGGAGCCAAACUCUUCGAAGCAUUACAUGCAGUGUGUUGACGGAAAAGCAGGCGAGAAGGACACAGCGUAAGAAGUUGUGGGGGAAAUACUGAGAAAGAAACUCUUCACUGCGAUUGCAGAGGACUUUUGAAUGGAUGCGUGACAUAAACCAUCCCUUAUGCAAAAAAAUAGCAAACUCCAAAACUUUCAGACACCAAGACGAUGGCAAGUCUCGCUGGCUUGAUCCGAUUCGGGGGGCACCUUCUCGUCUGUUUACUGAUCACUUUCAGCAAUUCUGGCGUGCUGGCCCGGCGGAUCUGCUGGCAAGCCAUCGUGCAGUGUCAGGUCGAGCCCGACUGCAGCUUUGCCUACGAGCAGUAUACUGAGGCUUGCAGGUCAGUGUUAAACCUGGAGACCAGGCGGUGUCCCAGCCACUGCCUGUCGGCUCUCAUCCACCUCAACCAAACGCAGAACGGACCCAUGCUGGAGAACUGCGACUGCGUCCAGGACGAGCUGUGCAAGAGCACCAAGCGUGCCAUCGAGCCCUGCUUGCCGAGGACCCGCAACCGGGACGGGGUAAUGGGCUGCACCGAAGCCCGCCUGCAAUGCGAGAUGGAUUCACAGUGCAACAACGCCAUGCGCCGCUACCUCCAGAACUGCGGCAAACUUUUCAACGGCAUCAAAUGCACAGAUCAGUGCCGGGAAGUAAUCGAGAGCAUGCUGGUUAUCCCUAAAGCCUUGCUUCUCAAGGAGUGUGUCUGCGACGGAGCCGAUCGACCCAUUUGCGAGGCGAUUAAGGACAACAUGGCCAGACUAUGCUUUUUUGGACCCGAGCAUAGCUCUGGCAGUAGCGGCUCGGACAUGGAGCCAGAUGAAUACUGGGACUAUGAAGAUGAUCCAACAGACAACGUUAUCAGCUAUGAUGAUAAUAAUAGAGGCACAAAAAGGUACGCUUCAAGCGCCAGAGGCUCCUCCACCGUCCAAGUGCCUAAUGUUUUGACUUUGAUGGCAUCCAUUUUACUACUACUACUGAUGGCCCGAUUAUAAUUGAACAAUGCAACUUUUAUAUCCUUCUUCAAUAAAGAAGCGCUGCACUGCCAUCUUCAAUAUAAAAAAGACAAUUCAUAGACUUUUUAUAUAAAUUUUAAUUCUGGUAAGAUUCGUUUGUAUUUUUGUUUGCAUCAGAGAUACGGAAUUAAUCUCUGGUGCAACUAGUAUAAAUCUUAUAUGACUGGUGUUUUUUAACCAGUAGCUGUGUGUUUGUGUAUAAAGUUACAUUUGGAGAAUAAUUUAUUGAAAUAUAGACUUAAUCACAUGGCUUUGGUUUUGCAUCGAGCAGUAAGAGAAUGCAUUGAUACUUUUACCGGCUAUGGUGCAGAAUUUCAAUACUUUUUACUAAAGGGAAAUUGAUUUAUUAUGAACGAUCGACGAUUCGAAUUGAACAAUAUAAGAUGCGACAUAUAGAUUUGAAAAAUGUUUAAAUAUGUAUUUUUGGAAAGCAAAAGAUAUAAGAAAAUUGGCCUUGAUAGAAAUUGUUCUUUAAAAAUAUUUUGUAAGGUUGCCAUUAACAUUGUAUUUUCAUAGAAGCCAUAAAGAGUCAUCUAGUUUAAAAACUCUGCCCUAAGACUUGUGUGUGCAUGUGUUAGAUGGAAGUGAAAACGCUGGCGUUUCGCUGUUAAUAUUAAUAAGGUGUUUUGCGAACUUUGUGUUUGAGUGUAUAACAAACUAACUUUCCCAAACUUCCAGGGCCUUCACUUUUGCUGUUUUCACAGCUGACAGCUGGGUCGAGUUUUGACUUUCGAUUAAUUGGGUUUCUUCGUACUUUUUUUUGCAAGUUGCUUCAGAAAUCAUUAGAAUGGUCACUUCAUUUUUUUAAAAAAGUUAACAUUGUAAUGCAAGGGGAGGUGCAACACAGCCAUUGCUCGCUAUGCAAUAUUCACUAACAUGCUCACUGUACACCGGACUCUUUAAAGAAAACGUUUCGAAAGAAACAUUUAAUUUUCUCUUUAUUAUGUUUCGGCGACUCAUCUUUAAUUGCUGCAAAAUGCUGUCACAAGCUGAGUUCUUUACAUAUCUUCCAAUGUGCAUAUCUUUGAGCAUAAUAUAUAGGAUCGUUUGUUACAAUUCAUAUUUUAACAAAAAACCAAAUCGCCAAUUGCUUGUGUUGUGGAAUGCAGCCAGUCCACUUGUUUGACCCAUGUGUAUCCACGAGAUGUCUACUUAGUUCCACGGCAGUGAGGGGAAAAGGGUCAAAGAUGAGAAUCACCACAAAAAAAAGCAAAACACAUCGGAGAACCCAUGCAUAUAAUGUAAUGUCUUCUACUCAGAGUGGCUUUGAGGGCAUUCAGCCUGGGCUCCUGCCAGGGCUCCUGAUCCUCACUCAAACGCCCUUAGAUAAAUAAUUACACUCUUAAGCACCCGUCGAGUGCUGGUAUACUUGACCUUGUAAAUAAGAGUGUUUGCAGUAAGAAUAAACUCCAUCGUUUGAAAUCUUUAAACAUUUAACACAAAGCAGGCCCGGUCCUCUGGGGGAUUGCCCGUGCCUUCUCAAGUAAGUCGCGCCACAUCAGGCUUGCAGAACAAGUUUAUUUAUCUUUUCUCUUGCUGUUUAUUUUAUUCUUCAAUGUUGCGGUUGGAAGCCCAGUCAAAAGUUUAACUGCGCCCACAAAUAAACUUACUUUGGUUGACGGAUUUGUUUAACGACCGCAACCCUAUUAUGCGGAUUUUAUAUAAAGGGAAACCUGUAUGCUUACAUUUGUAACCGCUGUAAGUAGCUGUUUGCACACCUCUUUAUAUGUACUUUAAAGUGGGUACAGUCUUCCCGGAAGCAUCUUUCCUCACUUCGCUUAUAGAUUGAAGUGAAUUUAUUUUUUCAUCUUCUGCAAAUAUCAGCUGUUUUCACGUUAUGACUCAAUUUAAAUUGGUAACUUUUAUUCGCGCAUCAACGGAUUAAUUGUAAAUAUAGACUUUGACAGACUUCCCACUUUGUAAAUCUCAAUUCGGAUAAAAGUACCACUAUAAAAUAGAAUCGUAGAAUACUUUGUUAACUACCUGUGAU